UCGUAUUAUUUCCAUUUAUCAUGGUCAAGUAGAGCGAUAACACGCGAGAAGCAUAAUAUAAGGCGCUGGGACGCAGGUGAAAUCACUCUGGCACCACCAUGAAGACCGUUGUUGCAUUGACCCUCCUCGUCGUCGCGGCCCAGGCCGUCGACUGGCACAACAUUAAGCCCAAAUAUUCCUUCAGGAACACCAUCAGGGCUGUUCCCAAGGCUGACCGCAUCAUCGGCGGAAAUGUCGCCACCCCUGGACUUCUUCCCUUCCAGGCUGGUCUUUUCCUCGAUGGCUCUGGAUUCUGCGGUGGAUCCCUCAUCAAGGAAGAUAAGGUUUUGACUGCUGCUCACUGUUGCGACGGAACUGGAAACUUCGAGGCCCACCUUGGAGCCCAGAACAUUUAUGACGAGAGCGAGCCUACCCUGCAGAUUGGCACAUCCACCAACGGCCAGAUGCACGAGAACUACAGCCCUUUUACUUUGAACAACGAUCUCUGCGUUAUUCACCUCGAUGCCCCUAUUUCUGGCGAGGGCAUUGGCCUAAUCCGUCUGCCAUCCCGCUCUCAGGUUGGAGAAACUUUUGAAGGAGUCGCUGCCACCUCCUCUGGCUGGGGACGCCCCUCUGACGCUGAUCCCAACAUCAGCCCUGAACUCAAGUACGUUGAUGUCACCAUCAUGAGCAACGCCGAGUGCAGUAGCUACUUCGGAAGCACCAUCACCGCUAACCACAUUUGCAUUGACACCGCCGGUGGAUCUGGCGGCGUUUGCAACGGAGACUCUGGUGGCCCUCUGACCAUCACUGAAACCGACGGAGGAAAGACCCAAGUCGGAAUCACCAGCUUCGUUUCCUCAGCUGGCUGCGAAUCUGGAAGUCCUCACGGCUACUGCAGAGUCACUGGCUACCUGGACUGGCUUGAGCAGAACGCUGGAGUCACCAUCCGCCCUUAAAUGCAUCCUAUGGCAUGAACAAAAAGACCGAAAAUUUCAUGAAGCACACUCAUUUAAUCGUGAAAAUCUGACCAUACACCAAUAAAUCAAAAAUUAAAAAAAAGCAAAUGGAAAA